CAGUCCCCUCCUGGCUGGGUGCUCAGGCCAGUGCCCCAUGUCUCUUGAGAGGGCUCGGUGGGGGAUUUACACCAAGCAGUGAGUCAGUGUAGAGGAUGACACUGUGAUAAACACUUGAGGGGAAAUUAUGUCCGGUUUUGCCCUUGCCUCAGCUUCUGAAAAACAUCCAACCAUCCUGCCCCUUUAAAAUGGAAGCUGUGACUCUUUGCUUUAGAAGGAAUUGAUCUCAAAAGGAAUUAAUCUCCCUUAAGCAAUUAGUGUGUGAAUGCUCAGACAAUGCAGGGGAGGUGUUUCUGUGUCUGGCUGAAGCAAGGCCUUGCUGGGAAGCAUGAACAGGCCCAAACAACAAAGGCUCCACCAGGGCUGUCUUGUCAGUGAGGUGGUUUAACCCCUUUAAGUUGCAGAGCUGCUGAAGGUACAUCCUGAGUGAGGACGCCUGUCUGUCUAGAGCUUUUGCCACGAUAAAUGUAAUCUUUCUUUUUGUAAUUGGAAAAAGUACAAAAAAACAUUGCCAAGUGAGUUGAGAGACCUUAUCUGAAGGUAUGUGUGCCUCAUUCCUUGGCUGGAUCAUGAUGCAAGCUUUGCACAGCACUGUGGGACACUAGGGCCAUGUGCACUAUGUUGUGCUAGAUUUGGCUGUGGCUGUGUGCUGGAUCUGUGCCAGCAGCUGAGGAACAGCAAGGAGCCUGCUUGCAGAGAUAGUGCCAGCUCUGCAACACAGCUAGGCUGGGGGGAACCUCUGUGUGCUAAUCCUUCACCCCCUUGCAAGGAAAACCCUCUGGGGACCCGCUUGGGACUAAAGAGCUUAAACUGGGUUUUGGCUCCUGAAAUGACGUCUGCCUUCCUGAUCGUGUCCUGUCUUGAACUGGUGGCAGGGAGCCAAAGUCCUACAGGCAGCUGCCUCUGUGGGAUCUCAGCAGGAGCUGUGUUUGCAGCUCUGUGGUCCAAGUUAGGCGUGACAGGCAUCUUAUGCAGUGACGAUGCUGUAACAGCAGCCUGCCAUUUCAGGGAUCUCUGUGCUGCUGAGCUCUCUCACAAGCAUAUGCCAGGGCUUGGCAUCUUACUAGCAGCUUUAGCCCCAUCAGAGAAACCACAGGUGUGUCCCCACAGCACAGAUUGUUUUCUGUUGGCAAGUAUCUCUCUCUGCUGGUGUCCUUGCUCUUCUCUAGGGCCACGCUGUUGCAUUGCCAGGUGGUAUGGGGCAGGGAAGCAAUGCCUCAGGCUUCCACCUUCUGUGUUUUUUCCAUGGUGGAGCACUUCCACAGCUGCCUGCACAGUGUGGUUGUUCACCAGCUGGCUGUGGGUAGGCACCUGUAGCCCCAGUGGGUGGGUAUGGGCUUGGUCUGUGACAUCAAGGAGUUGUGUAACACACUUGUGGCACUGGAUUAUCUUGUUCUCCUCUCUGUACUAAUGCUCAUAAAGUACUGGGACUUCGGGCCUCAAAAGUGAUACCUGAUCUUCAUGAAAGGUUUUGGUCUGUUGUGUAUUCAGUAAAAACAUUUCCUGGAGCUGUUCCUAGGGCAGAGACUAUGUACGUUCCUGUGUCUAUACAGCAUCUAGGACCUCUGUGCUAAAUGGACUGAAAUAAAAUGUGCUCCUAAAGCCAUGUGGAAACACAGAGCUGUCUCCAUGGUGCCUUUUACUAAACCAUGACGUGGUGAUAACAGGUGUUUGUUCACCUGGGCUCCCAUAGGCUGGGAGAUCAUCCUUCUUGUACCUGUUUUAGGGUAUGUUAUUGACCAGAAAAGUUCCUUCCUACUCUCCAGCCAUCAAUGGAGGCAGAAUUGCAAAUUUGUGUCUCUGCAGUCCAAGAGAAAACACAACAAUUCAUGGGUCUGUGAGUUUGCCAGAUUAAAUGGGUGGAAAGUACUUGAAGAGAGAGGUCCUUAAACACACUCUCUCAAGGGAAAGGAGGCAAAAGCACAGGGCUUUGAGAGUGUUUGUAUGGCUUUGAGUACAGCAGUAGCUUCUUUAUGCUUUGUUGGUUUAACUGUAUGGUUAAUGGCAUGUUUGUCCUUUUCUGUAACUUUGGCAGGAUAGAGGUACUUGCAGACCCCAAGCCAGUCUUCUGCCAAGCCAGCAGUCCCACGCUUGUAUGGGGAAACCAAGAGACAAUAUGGAGCCUCACACCUGGUGCUAUGACAGCUCGACCGUCUGCAAGAACCUUGUAUCUGUGCAAGCCCAAGAAAGAUUUUACCAAGUAUGGCCGCAGUUGCAGACCAGUAAUCGGUGGGAAUCCCCUGCUACCAAAGUAUGGCUACCCUUCUGAACGGCUGCUGAAGUUGUCUGAGCCUAAAAAAUUCCUCCCUGCUUACCUGGAACAAAGAUCCCGUGAUACCCCGGAGUGGCCUGUGUCCCUGGCUGCACAGAACUACAAUGCCUCCAAGCGGAUACUGCAGCUUGCCCAGCCAAAGGGGCUGCACCCAGACUUCAUGCCCCCCAGAGAGAUUUCCACCUCACCUCGGAGGAUAGUUGCAAGCCCUCGAACCAUUGAGCUGUCGAAGCCCAAACAACUCCACCCGAACUUCAUGCCAGCGCGGGAUCCCGAGUGGCCUGUCACAGAGGCUGCCAAGCGUGCAGUGCCUACUAAAAGAAUUCUGGGGCUGGCCCAGCCUUCCUCAAGACCUCGUGUGACUGCACUCGACCCAGAGGCAUUCAAAGUGAAAGAGAGUGCUCUGAAGGCGGUUUGUACUCCACGGCUCGCAGAACUGGCUCAACCAAUUAGGCGCUAAGCUCCUGCCAUCUGCCCACAUCACCCCUUGGAACAUCACUCUCUCGCUGUGCUCUGGCUGGAAAAUCUCUUUGAACACAGUGCAGAGGCAGCACUCAGCUGGAACGCCUUCUGGGAGUUAAAAUAAAGUCAUCAUUCCUUAAGAAUAGUCAUCAAGGAAAAUGACAGAAUCCAACUUAAUGUGGGAAGACUCUCUCCCUAGGAUUGGUUAUGUCUGGAGUUUCUUUCUUGAUUAUUUUGCUGUAAUAGUUUAAGAAGUAAUGAAACAACUGCUGGGGGAAGGCAGCAAAGGAACUGCCCUUUCAUGCAGGGAAGUGUGGCAAACUGAACUCAAAAGCACACACUAAGUUGAUGCAACACAACUCCUGAAUUUGGGUUUAAAAUUUUUUGCUAAAGUUUUAGCAAAACUUUAGUUUAGCAAAACUUUUGAGUGUCAGUAAGAAGAUCUUCUUACUGACACUUAGAAGUUUUAUGCUUGUGACCGAAGUAGAAAUGCAAAAGGCUACAAUGUAUCUUGAGUUGGCUUGGAUUUGGGGCCUGUUUUCUCAAAUGCCUGGAGAACAGGCAGGUCCAGUUACAAAGGUGGGUUAAAGCUGUGUGAUUCAGAUACUCAGUUGUGUGGCCCUGGGCAAAACAAGAGAGUUCUGCAUUGGGAUUUUUGGAGCCUAACUCAAAAAAGCAGAGUUACCCUCAGUGUAAGAGAGAAGGCAAGUUUCAAAGGCUAAGCAGAAAACGAGUAUUGAUGCUAGAGUGUGCAGACCAGAUUCUGAGCUCCAGUCAGGUCUGUGGGUGAGUCAGUUUUGCAGCUGGAUUGCAGGGGAACAACACAGCCUGUGCAGGGCAUGACAUAAAGGGAGAAUGCUUUUAUCUGCUUCCUACAGGGUCAGUGUGUUUUGCACUGGCUGCCCAACCACUGGCGACAGGCUGGAGAUACUGAGGCAAGAGAGAUGCUCACCAGUAAGGGACAAAAGCCACAAAUGAAAGCAUAUGGCAGUUUCAGAGCCAAUGUAUUUUAAUCUUCCCUUUGUUAAGCUGAUUCUCCUUCCAAAGGAGUAGAGGCAGGUGACCACAAACCAGAAGGGGAUUAAUCAGAGGAUCCAUUAAUUGAUUCAGUAAUCCACUAAGCAGAGGACUUUUGAAGCCUUUUGAACAAGAUAAGGUCACUGGGAAAUUGUGCUGGUUAUUUUUAGACCAGGCAUUGUUCUGUGCCAGGAUGGAUGAGAGUUUGGACUUUGUGCAAGAGCCCCAGUGCAACUGCAUUCCUCAGGCUUGAGAAUAGCCAGGGAAGACUGGGGUCUCCCCCUAAAACCGCCAUGCUGUGGGGGAACCCCAGCACCACCAGCCUCUGCCACCCAGGGAUUAGGAGGUCUGUGGGGUUGUGUGGGCUGCCAUGCAUGGACCCACAGGUGCCCUAGGAGAUGAGGCUGCCCAUGGCGGUCCCAUGGCAAAGGGAAAACCCACUGUGCCCACUGAGGCUGCCUGGGAGAAGUGUUGCCCUUCCAGAGGAAGGAGUCUGCCUCCUGUAAUGGGGGCAGGGAGCACAAGCAGGACAGAGCACAGCUCCUCUCAUUUAAAAAUGUUGGGUUUUUUUAAUUGCACUGGGAAAAACUCAGAACAACCCAUGAGUUCUUUCUCUUUGGUGACCUUUAACAAAAAGGUAAAAAAGGCAUUCAGGGGUUACUUGGCUUCGUCUGAUUGUGGUGUAGGCACUUGGUUUGCAGUAUCCAUAGCUGAUUCAGGCCCAUUGAGCCAAAUCAGGUCACUUUAACAACACUAUGGUUUUCCAGAUGCCCUGCUCUCUGGAUGAUCUGCACCUUAAAGCUCACACACACACUUUGCCUCUGGAGAUUGUAAAGAAAAAGAAUCUUUAUUUCUUCUUUCUAUAUUUGAACAUAUCUCAUGGCAAAAUUUCUGCAAGCCUGGAAUAAGGGCAUGAAAUUGCCUUUUCUUGUGCAGCUGCUGUUAAUGGGUUGGAAUCACAAGAUAGGUUAUCAGCCAUAAAAAGUCGUAUACACACACAUGUGUGUAUAUAUAUAUAUAUAUUUCUAUAUAGUGGGUUUUUUCUGGUUAUGUACAUGUUAAAUAAGAUUUAUGUUAAAUAGCAGAGUAUUACUUUGUAUCACAAAACCUAUUGCAACAGAAGAGCCCCAAGAAAACCCACUGAAGAGCUUCACCAUCCUUUAUAAGAGGCAAGGGGAUUGCAGCAGCAUCCUCUAGUCCCUGACAGACCCGCUUUCUGAGGGCAGC